UUUCUCAGUCGAAUCGGUAUUCAACUUCAUCCCGGACGCUACCGAAAACAGUCAGCAAAAGAAGCGUGCACUGCGGCGAGUGUCGGCCACCAUUGUUUUCUCGACGGGGUGAAGGAUCGCAAACGUCGCAACAUCGUUUUAGAGGAAAUCGAUUGUAUUAUCACGGUGCAGAUGGAUAGGUUUCCAUUUCCCGUCGAACAGCGGCCGUCGACCGCGGGCCGGCGAAGCUCAGUGCCGCGGACGAUGCCGGCAAAAUGGAAGGUCGCGAGCAACGUGCGCUCGCUGUCCGUGUACUUGGAGCCCAUAUUAUACGAGAAAGGCGUCGAGUCGAUAUCGAGUAUGAACGAGUACUACUUAAAACGCGACCCGGUCCGUUUCAAGAUGUACUUGGACAUGUACGAGAAAUUCGUCAUGAACGACGAGGUUGCGAAGUUUCGGGCCAAAAAAAAGAUUGAAAAACUCUAUGGCGACUUGAUCGUCGUCGAAGAAGUUUGAAUAUCGUCUUCACCGCUUUACGUAUGUUCCGUAUUUCCCCUCUUCUCUUUGUAUUUUUUUAAGGUUCAAUCAAUUUUUUUUCCGUACAUAUUUAUUAUACAGUUGACCUGCAUAAUAUUACGUGUUUUCUUAUUUUGAGCUGCAUGUCCCCCCACCUCGAACUUUCGAGUUCAAAUUUUUUAAAGUUUGUGCUUGUUAGUGCUUUUAUUCUCGUCGUUUGUGCUUAACCCGUUUCCAAGAUAUUAAACAUUGAAGGAG